AGCUCCAAGGGGGGCUGAAGGCAGGUUGAAGGAAGAACUGUUUCAAGUAUGCUUUGAAAAAGUCACGGAAGAAGGAAAACGCCAGAGAGAUAAAACAGAAAUUGAAGAGAAGGGGAAUGAAUCUUUUAUUUUCUCACAUGGAAAUAUUCUUGAACAUUUUUUCCGGGAAGGAGUAGAUGAAAGCAACACAAGUCUUAAGGGCAAUGAAAGUCUUGCUGGGCAGAUCGGUCUAAAUGCUCAGUGGGAGAUCCACCGAGGGAGAAAAAUGAUAGAAUGCUCAGAAUACAGUGAGGAUUUUUGUGAUGCUUUAUCCCCAGAAAAAUAUCUGACAAUGCGGAGAGAAGAGGAACCCAUUAGAUGCACAGAGUCUGACAAGGGCAUCGGUCAGAGUACAGACCAUACUUCUCACAUGAGACUCCAGACAGGGGAGAAACCAUUUGAAUGCCUGGAAUGUGGAAAGAAGUUCAGCCACAGUACAAGCCUUGCUUUCCAUAUGAAAAUCCACACAGGGGAGAAACCGUUUCAGUGCUCAGAAUGUGGGAAGUGCUUCAAUCGGAGAAGCUACCUCGGUGACCACAUGAGAAGCCACACAGGGGAGAAACCCUUCACCUGUAUGGAUUGUGGGAAAAGCUUUGGUUGUCGAAGCACUCUCAGUUCCCAUCGAAGAAUCCACGUGGAGGAGAAACCGUUUGAAUGCUCGGAAUGUGGGAAGAGAUUUGGUCACAACCGAAGCCUUGCUUCCCACAUGAAAAUCCACACAGGGGAGAAGUCCUUUAAAUGCUCCGAAUGCGGAAAUAGCUACAGGCAUAGAAGCACCCUUCUCUCCCAUAUCAGGAUCCACACAGGGGAGAAACCCUAUAAAUGCCUCGCCCCUCAUAUGAGGAUCCACAAGGGGGAGAAACCAUUUGCAUGCUUGGAAUGUGGAAAUAGCUACAGGGACAUAAGCACCCUUCGCUCCCAUAGGAGGAUCCACACAGGAGAGAAGCCCUAUGCAUGUUUGGAAUGCGGAAAUACAUUCACGCGGAGGAGAAACCUUGCCGUUCAUAUGAGGACCCACACAGGAGAAAAGCCAUUUUCGUGUGUGGAAUGCAGAAAGUGCUUCAGUCAGAGCAUGCAACUUGCUCGCCAUAUGAGAAUCCACACAGGGGAGAAGCCAUUUGCCUGUGUGGAAUGUGGACAGUGUUUCAGUCAAAGGACACAACUUGAUCGCCAUAUGACAAUCCAUACAGGGGAGAAACCCUAUAAAUGCUUGGAAUGUGGGAAGUGUUUCCAUGAGGGGUCGAGUUUUCGCUCUCACGUGAGAAUCCAUACUGGGGAAAAACCUUUUCAAUGCCUCGAAUGUGGAAAGAUGUUCACUCAGAGGACAAACCUUGCCCCUCAUAUGAGAAUCCACACAGGAGAGAAGCCAUUUGCCUGUGUGGAAUGCGGGAAGUGCUUCAGUCAGAGGACGCAACUAGCUCGCCAUAUGAGAAUCCACACAGGGGAGAAACCCUUUAAAAGCCCAGAAUGUCCCCCGUCAGGGACUGGACUCAGUGAUCCCUAGAGUCACUUCUAAGAGUAUCAUAGAUUAUUUACUUAUAAUCUUGUUCUGUGGAGGCAAGACAGUGGGUAAUAUAUUUAUCCUUUAAUGAAAGAGGCUAGUGUGUUUCCUGAAUAUAUCAUUUCGCAGGUCUCGUACAUUCCUCUCCCCUCCCCUGU